AUGAAUAAAGAAAAAAAAUUAACUGGAAGUUAAAUAGGAAGCAAAAAUUAAGAUUUAGUAAAGAGUACAAAUAAUAGUUAAAAUUAUUCAAAUUUUCGAAAACCUCAAAAAGAUGUAAACGAACGUAUAAAUGAUUUCUUUUAAUAAGAUAUAAAUUAAGUAUCUAAAAGUACAGAUAGUAAUAAGAGUUAAAAAUUAUUUAAUAUAACAUAAAAAGACCGUUUGGAUUUAUAAAAAGAAUUAAAAAAAAAACAAAAAUAUUUAAUUCUCCCAUUAAACCUUAUAAUUGGAAUAAAAUUUCUGAUUAGGAAAAAAAUGAAGCUUUUAUGUUAACAUAUAAAAAUAAUUUAGACUUAAAAAAAAGAUAGAACUCUUUAGAAAAUUAAUUAAAAUAAUUAAAUACAAAAUUGGGUAAAUUAUAAAAAGAAGUCCAUUUUAAUAAUAGGAAUUUAGUCCAGAAAAAAUAAGGAGAUGAUAAUUAUGAUUAAUUAGAUUAAAUUAAAUAAGAAAAUAUAAAAUUGAAAUAAAAAAUCGAUGCACUUUCAUCUGUAAAAAAGCUUAUUUAAUAAAAUAAAGGAUAAAAUUAAGCCAAAAAAUUAAUUAAAACAGUCAAUUAAUUAGAAAAUGAAAAAAAUUUAAAAGAACUAAGUUAAUAAGAUAAAUAUAAAGUAAAACUAUAUAAAAAUAAUAAAUAUAAAUAUAAUAUUAGAUAACUGAUAUGUUAAAAGUAAUUGAUGCUUAUAAAGAAUAAUUAAAAUAAAGUGAAUUAGAAAUUAAACGUUUAUAAAAUUAAUUAUUGAAUUCUAAUCCACGUGAAAAAGGUAGUCUUUCAGUAAAUUUAUAAGAAACAAAUAGCAGAAUUAAAGACUUACAUUUGAAAUAGGAAUAAGUUAAUUCUCAUUUUGAGGCUAAUAAAUAACUUUUGGAGUAAAGUAAAUUGGAAUUGAAAGAAAUGAGGUAGAAAUUUUAAAAGGAAUAAUUAAUAAAUCAAGAUUUGAAGACUGAAGUUGAUAUA